UGAUUUUGCAUUUCCAGGGAAAGAACUGUAUGUAAACAAUACAGUUCUCUCCCCUGUCAGCUCUUGCACACUGUUUUGCUUGGCUCUGCAUAGCAGAGCCAUACAGUGUGCAUACAGUGAAACAGCACACAGUUAACCCUUUGAUCGCACCACAUGUUAACCCCUUCCUGCCCAGUGCCAUUAGUACAGUGUCAGUGCUUUUUAUUAGCACUGAUCACUGUAUUGGUGUCACUGGGGAUGUCAGUGACACCAAGUCAGUUCCCCCCCAGUGUCAGAAUGCCCACCGCAGUCCCGCUAUAAGUCGCUGAUCGCCGCUAUUA